GAGAUCUCGCCGGAAUCUGGUUUUGGGGCGCUGAUCGAGCGUUUGGGUAAAUCUGAUCGAUUUACUGCCCUGUUGUUUGUGGCCAGGUUUUCGGAACCAUUUGAAUUGCUGCACGGUUAAAAUGGAUUAUGAUGGUGGUCCAGAAGCAAGUGUUUCUAGCAAUGAUGUCAAUAUUGACGUACCGGUGGUGGAGUCGCAUAGCAGGGACGGUCUUGAUAGGGUCUCAUCUGGAGAACUAGAAAAUGUGCGCGAGGUUAUCAUUGAUGUUGAAUCGGAUCUAGCACGCGCUGCUGAUAAGCUGCAAAAUUUGAGUGGUUUUAUGAUGCGUGUGGCCACCAAGGAGAGUGACUUUGAGGCCUUUGUAUCCAAGGAAGAGGAGAAAUCGGUUGAUUGUGUUGAGAAGGCAUUAGAGUACACUCUCUUAUCUGGAAUUUUGGACUCAGAGGUGAGUGAAUUGGAUAAGCUCAUGGCAAUGCUUCAAAUGGAGAUCACGGCUGCACAGGGGAUACUAUCUUCUUACACAUACUUGGGAGAAACAUUUGCAGUGAUGGAAGAAAAGCUGCAGUAUUCUGAGCAGUCUUUGAAGCAGUUGCAAGAACAGGUCUCUGAAAUUAGGAUGCAAUCUUUGAAGUUCCAGCGGACCUUUUCAAGCUCUGAUGGAGAAGAAAAGUGGAAUAACGACAAAGAAUUGCGCCAUAUAGAAGAUGAAUUAUUUUCAAGCAAGAAUGUGCAAACGGUUGAACAACAAAGACAUAUAUUGCAGAUGCUAGAGAAAUCUAUAGCAAGGGAAAUGGAUCUUGAAAAGAAAUUAGUUGUAUCGAAACAAAUUGAAGAGGAUCUGAAAAUGAGAUUACUCUCUUCAGAAGAAGAGGCAUAUUGCAUGGAGGAUGAAGCAGCAGAUGUUUGGGAGAGGUGUUUAGAGGCAGAUAAUGCAUCUGGGAUCAUGAUGAGUAUUUCAAAGGAACUGCUGGGUAAACUCCAGAUUCUCCAGUUUAAUUUAAAUGGUUUAGUUCAGCGAGAAAAUGAGCUACAACUGAAGGUGGAUGGUCUCCUUAAAGCCAAAGAAAGCUCUUUGCAGAAGCUUGAAAGUAGCAACGCAAAAGUUAACGACUUCUUUCACGCACAGACAGAGAGCUUGAAAGAUAGCCUGAAGGAAGCUGAAGAUAAGUUAAUUUUUGCAGAUUCUCAGGCCUUCACAUUGAGCGAAAAGGUGAGUUCGCUAGAAGAUGAAAUUAGUGAAAUGGGAAUUGUUAUUUCAGAUCUGAAAGAGAAAGAAUCUAAAGCUGAAAGUAGGGCUCGUAAUGCAGAAGCCCAGUGCAAACUAUUAACUGAGACUAACUCUGAACUUAAUGAAGAGCUUGGACUUCUUAAGGUGCAGUUGACAGAACCUGACAUGCGGUUGCAGCAUGCAGUGGCAACUGCUGAAGCUAGCCAGGAGAAACAAAACAUGUUGAAUUCGACUAUUAGGGAUAUGGAAAAUGUGAUAAAGGAUCUAAAGCUGAAGGUUUCAAAAGCUGAAUGUCGGGCUGACAGUGUAGAGGACAAGUGUAUAAUAUUAUCGGAAUCUAAUGCAGCACUAAAUGACGAAGUAAGCUUUCUGACGGGUAGAUUGAAACGCAUGGAGGCAGCUUUACAUCAAGCUGAGGCAGCAAAAAUAGCUACUGCAACUGAUAUUGCAGUCCGGUCAAAAGUUAUCACAAACUUGAUUGUGCAACUUGCUUUUGAAAGAGAGCGCCUUCAUAAGCAGAUGUCUUCAUUAACAAUGGAGAACAAAACACUAAUUCUGAAGUUGCAAAUGAACAAUAGUCCAUCUGUGGUUAUGUGCAAUGAUGAUAGAGGAAAUGAUGACGACUGCAUGCUCUCAAAGCACGAGUUGGAUACUGGCACAAAAGAAAGUAGGGAGGAAGCUCAUGAGUUGUCUGCUGUCAGUGCUAAGUUUGAUAGGACUCAUAAAGAUGCUUUUAUGAGUGAGACUGAAGCUGGACCUGCUGAUUUUGUGAGGAGAGUGGACGCAGGAGUUCUAAACUUUAAGCAUGUACUCAUGGCAGUGCUCAUUGUACUGAUUUCAGCUGCACUUUAUUUCUUUACUUAACAAGACUACCCAUUCUGGAGACCAAAAACUUCCACAACUCAAGGCCUGUCUCGGAGUCCAACAACAGAUGUGGUUUCUCAGCUUCAAAUCUCAAUGGAGCAGAACUCAUCGAGGUUUGAUUCAGAAACCCUAAACAAAUUUGAAGCUAUGGAUUUGCCCCAAUUUAAAGUUAAAACUGUAGAAAGUUGAAAGUAGAAAUGGGAUGAAAAAGUGCUCUUGUUUUCUCAUAGUUGGCUGGACACUUUUGGUCAGACUGUCAGUGGCAUGUUGCUGAAGUUAGGCAUGUAUGUCUCAUUUUCACAUAACCUACUGAGUCACCCUUUAGUGGAAUCACCAUUAACUUUAA